AUGUUACACGGGGCACUCCACAACCACCUGAGACUCAAUGUUACAUUCAGGUACCGGGGAAGUCCAGAACGUUCCUUCAAUGCGAAUAUUGACUGUGGGAGGCUCAAGGAGGAACUGAAGACGGAUGGGCCAGAAGGUGCAAUCGUUGUGUUGGUCGUUGCAAGCACAGGCCAAGCAGGACAGCCAGUCUCAAUGUCCAAUAUCCAAGACCUGUCAAACAUUUGUCACAGCUUUGAUAUUCCCUUGAUCAUGGACGGAUGUCGGUUCGCAGAGAAUGCCUACUUCAUCAAGACACGCGACAAGGAAUAUAGCCUCAUGUCCUGUAAAGACAUCGCCCUGAAGAUGUUCUCCUACUUCGACCAUAUCUAUGUCUCAGCCAAGAAAGACGGGCUGUGUAACACAGGGGCGUUUCUGGCCAGAAACCAGCAGGAUGUUUACGACAAAGCAUCAGUCAGGAUGUUCUAUACAGAAGGGUUCAAGACGUAUGGAGGACUGACCGGUAGGGAUAUGGAGGCCAUGACAGUUGGUCUAUUGGAGAACAUUGAUGAUAAGUUUCUUCAGUAUCGAGUUGACAGCACGUACAUGUUCGGAAACAUCUUGAAGAAGGCUGGCGUUCAUGUCAUCGACCCCAUAGGAUGUGGACUAUACAUUAAUGGAGCAAAAUGCCUUCCACAUAUUCCCACUUGCCAGUAUCCAGCCUUUGCUCUUCAUUGCGCUUUGUAUAUUGAAGGUGACAUCCGUUGUACUCAGAUCGAUGAUAUUUUGAAACUUGAUGAGAGCAAUGAGAGAGAGAAUCCGAAACCGAAACACAUUCUUCGGAUCCAGAAACCAAGGCGUGUCUACACUUUUAGCCACAUGCUUCAUGUUGUGGACAUAUUUAAGGGGAUCAUGGAAAGAUGUGAAUCUGGCACUCUGGCAUGCGUGUGA